AUGUCUAGAUCAUCAUCCAGAAGAAAUAGUUAAGCCAUUGGUUCUCUCAUUAAUUACGCAAACUCUGACGAUACAUAUAACGUCAAGGCAAUCCUUUAUGAAAAUCACAAUCAUAAUCUGUUAAUACUUAAAACCCAAAAGCUAUAUACUUUAAUUCAUCUGUCUUGUUACAACAACAACGAACAAUUAAGUGAAUUGUAUUUUUAAUACAUCUAAGCAUAAAUAGAUAAAAACAUUCAUACAAAACAAGAAGUUGAACAAUGGAUUAAUUAACAAAAUGAUGAAGGGUUCACAGCAUUACAUUUAGCAGCUUAUCGAGGAUCAUUAAAAACCAUCAAACUCCUUGAAUAAUAUGGUGCAGAUUACAAAAUAAAAAAUUAUAAUGGUAAAUCAUAACUUCCUAUUAAAGAGUUAACUGUCUUACACACAGCUUCUUAAGGUGACUGCCCAUUGACUAUUUACUAUUAUCUCCAGAAAGGGAUUGAUAUUAAUGUGAUUGAUAAUAAAGGAUCAUCUCCUCUCCAUUGGGCUGCAUAUUCAGGAUCAUAUAAUGCUGUAAAUUUUUUGAUCUCGUGGAAUGCUAAUUUAAAUCUUUAAGAUACAGAUACUUCUGUUACUCCAUUGCAUUUAGCUACAAUGUAAGCGAAUUCUAGAAUUGUCCGAAAACUAUUAAUGAAAGGAGCUGAUCGCUCAAUUAAAGACUCCAAUGGAAAAACACCUUUAGAUUUAGCGAUAGAAAAUGAUUUCAAAACAGUUGAAAUAAUGAUCCGAGACAAAAAUGAUAUUCUUAUCUUUUGCAAUGUUAGAUAGCCAUUCAGACCAGUGACUUAAUAAAGGAAUAGUCAGAUUGCCUUUCUUUCUAUGUAUAUGACUUGUUUUAUUUGUACUAUUCUAUUUACUUUCCCAUUUGUUAUUAGCACUAUUUGGAUGUGGACAUUCUUUUCUUUAACUAGUAUAACUGUUAUAUUUUUCUUUAUUUCGUGUGCCAAAGAUGCUGGAGUAGUGAGAACAGACAAUAAAUUAAACAUGUUCUAAAUGUUAGAAAGAUAUGACUGUUCAAACAUUUGUGCAGAUUGUAAGUUAGUCAGACCUAAAAGAUCUAAGCAUUGCGAUGUUUGCUAAUAAUGUGUUAUGGUAUAUGACCAUCAUUGUCCUUGGAUAAAUAAUUGCGUUGGAGCAAAAAACCAUUUUGUGUUUUAUUUUUUCAUUAUCAGUUUAUUUUCUGAAUUCAUUUUGCAGCUUUUCAUGUAAUCUUCUCAUUAUAAAUCCAAUACUCUUUAGAGAUGGUUUAUAAAUACUACUUUAAGUGAAGAAUGGCUUUUAAUUGGAAAAAAGGUUACGUUUUUUUAUGUUAUCGUUUAUUGUUUACUCUUUAUUGUACCUUUGGGAAUUCUGAUUUACAUCUAAACCGUCAAUUUAUUGACAGGACAAACCACUUUUGAAAGGCACAGUUUAGGCGCUCCAGGUUCAAAAGAUGAAAAAUCCAAUGAAAAAAGUGCCAUAAAUCGAAGUGAAGAUUAAUCUAUGGAAUCCACAGAAUAAGGUUAAGGUGGUACUUAACAAUCAAAUAAUGAUUAAUAAUUGAAAAUGGAAUAAUCACAUAUUAGCUUAGGAAAUUGUUUUGAAAUAAUAUAGUAGUGA